UACUCUUGCCAGAACGUGAAUAUCACUGGAAAUGCUGCUUACCUAUUCGGUAACUGUACAACUACCUAAAUGCAAUCGAGCACCUCAGCACAUACAUAGUCAGCAUCGUGGUUGUGGGCUUGUGUGUAACAAGCUCGUAGUAGCACAUGCAGUCUUCUCAGGCUUAAAAUUUUGAUUGUUUGAGCCUACAUCGAACUAAGCGCCCCUUCAUGAAUCAAUGGAUAACUUUGUUUACAUAACUUCGUUAUUCAAGUUGGACUCGUCUCGUCUGGGACCGUCGACAGUUCUGCACCAAAUGUCUCUCUUCUCCAGAGUAAAACACAUCGACGCUUUAGUCCGCUGCAACCGAUCUACUUUCACUGCACAUCGCUCAAGGUGGUUUUCCCUGUUCCCUGGCCGUGCUCAAGGAACCCAAAUACCAAAAGGACAACCGUUUUAUGAACUGAAGAAGCCCAGCAUCUUAAUUAAGUUCACCUGGACACUGCUCAUAGCUGAUGCGGUCUGCACACUAGCAAUGUGUGAGCUUUCCUGGAACUAUUUCACGCGUCCCGUGGAACCAACCGAGCCCGCAAUACCCCAUGGCUCCAAUACUAUAGGCAAUAAGCCACAGUACGAACUCCGCCCGACAUACCAGCGUGCUGGUCUAGUUUUUAUGCAUCUCGCGUUUGGAGGUUGGGUGGCAUUUAUGGUUGGCAUGAAAAGUGGAAUGAAUGUCAAGAGGAUCUGGCUGACUCCACCACGUCCACGAGGCGGUUUGACCACGUCAACCCGAAAAGCAAUCGGGCAUCCAAAGGUUGCGACUUUUGAAGGCUUUGGCAGUUUUGGUCUACGGGGCGAUGCACUGGACGUGAAAAAUUGCCGCUUAUCUGCUGCAGAAUCUGCAAACGAGCUGACAUUGAUUGUUAACGCACCGGAGAAUAGAACACAACAACUUUCGAUCGCGACGAAAGGCGUUUAUAUUGACGGCAAGCCUGUUUCACGCGAUGAAGUUUGCACUUCGCUCUCGCAAGUCUUUGGACAUAGACCUGAACCCGCGUCUUGGAUAAGUGGUCCAAUUCUAGAUGCACAGAAACCAUGAAACUCGAGCAGGAUGGAAUCUUGCGAGCCUGCUGUCAGUCAGUUGCAGCUGGCAGCUUACUACCUAUAUUUCCUCGACCAGAUUGAGGCGAUACAGUUACUGUAGCUUAUUUGUGCACGUCAUUAUACGUGUCCGCCAAGAGGUCUGUACGCAAAUAGGCAGACCACUUAUGAAUGCCAUGCCGCGUCACUAGUCAAGCUCA